AUGGCCACGCCAUCUCGUCGGGUUGUAUUCCCCUGGGAGGGCCGUGACCAGGAUGAACAGGCCAAGAUCGCCUACAAUGAACCUCUCCGCCUCAAGAACAAGGAGCUUGAGGAUGAGAACAUGCGCCUGAAGAAACUCCUCCGGGAGCACGGCGUCCCAUGGUCCCCUGCCAUCGCUAACCGCUUUGCCGAACUUGGUUUCGAGCCGCAACAGUCUGUUGCCCGCCGCCAGAGCACCCGGAGGACCCGCGCCUCCACCGCAGCCUCCAGCAUCGAGAGCACCGGCUCCAAGCUGCCUCGCCUGCCUGCUGAGAUCCUGCUCCGCAUCGUUCAUUAUGCCAUGACCAGCUCUGAGCCUCUGGUGGACCCCUUGUCCCCUACCCGGCCAGAGAACAUCACCAUUCAGGAGAAAUCCCGACACAAGCAUCUUGCCCUCGGCUUCCUUGCCUCCUGCAAGGCCUUUCGUGUCGAGGCAACCAGGGCCCUGUGGGCCAAUAACACGUUUGUCUUCACUACACCCCAAGCACUGCUCAAGUUUGCAGACCUAGAGUUUGUCUUUCGCAGCAAGAUCAGCCACGUCAAUCUCCGCAUCAUCGCUCAGUUCUACGACGAUGAGCCUCGAAAGCACAAGCUCGACAAGGACUACCACCCGACCUUGAAGAAGGAUGUGAACCUUCGCGUCCAGCGCCGUCCCAAGGAGACGUCCUUCGCCCGCAAGGGCUUCCACUGCUAUGCGUGGACCCAGGUCAUUGACUUCUUGUCGGCCCUUCGCGCGCCGUACGAUCCCAAGCAUGAGAAGAAUGCCAACAGGCCUCGCCUGUUCCCCAAUCUCAAGACCAUGCGCCUCGACUUCGUCAGCUUCCCCGAGUAUUUCCUGCCCUACUCGGACAGCAGCCUGCACGAGGUGGCCGCGCACGACCUGGGCUGCACACUUGACGAGCUGAUCGUCUGCGGCCUGCCCAGCUGCGAGGUGGGCAUGAAAGCCAGUGCUGACCUUGCCGGCAUGAUCAAAGAUGACGGACUCCUCUUGGAUGGCACACCGGCCUUCCUCCAGCUCAGAAACUGCCUUAAACCCCUUCAGGGCUACAACUUUGUUCCCAAGGUCAUCCGUGCCUAUCGCAAGGCUAUCCGAGACGCCAAGAAUGCUGCUCAAGCCAAUGGCGCUGCCGCGAGCAAUAGCACCGCCGCCCAAGCCAGCCAUGACCAUCAUCACGCUCAUGAGCUCAUCGAGAUGCCACCUGCUCCCGAAGAACUGGGCCACCCCGAGUCUCGCUACUGCAAGCGCAAGACCAUCUGGAAGCGCGUUCCUGUAUCUAGUGACUCUGACCAGCGCGACUGGAUGGAGUUUGACCGUUUCUCCGGCUAUCCUAUUGAUGAUGUCGUCGAUCUCUGGGAUGAUAGUGACGAGGAGGAUAUCUGCUCUAAGUGCGGCGAGUUCCACGGCUCGAUGGACUAUCUCGACUUUGAUGAGCUGUGA